ACAAACAAUAAUAUCUCUAGCUCUUCUAAGUAAAAGAAUGGCAAUGAAUGGUUUGUCCAAGAUGGCUGCAGCCGCCGCAACAGCUCUUCUCCUAGUCCUGACCAUUGUCCCGGCCGCAGUAGCUGUGACUUACACGGUGGGAGACGCUCAACAAUGGGCCAGUGGUGUGGACUACACAGUUUGGGUUGCCGGAAAGACUUCAGGUCGAACUUACAGGGUGGGAGACGCUAAUCAAUGGGCCAGUGGCGUGGACUACACAGAUUGGGCUGCGGGAAAGACUUUCAGGGUUGGUGAUACUCUAGGUGGCAUGAAGCUAGCCAUUACGGUCGUAGCCUCCUCUUCCUCUCCUCUCACCCCAGAAUCGCCGCCGCCUUCAGAUUUUGUCGCUCCUCCUCCCACCACAGGAGAUGACUCGCCGCCGUCUGAUGGAAUAUACGAAGCCGAUUCAGGGUCAACCACACCACCCCCACCGCCAUCAAAUGAUGCAUCAAGCGGACUAAUAAGCUACGUGGUGGUCGGGAUGCCGUUGGUGUUGGCUUGCAAGUUGCAAUGUAUGGAUAAUGAAUUAAGGGUUAGAGCCACCUUUUGCUUUUGCUCUAAAGAGAAUUGGUGUGUGAGCCACUCAGCCAUUCGUAUUCGACAUGAUUAUUGUGUGAAUUAAUUGAAUUUAACAGAUUAGUGACAGCUAAUCAGCUUUCUGAUAAUAUAUCAAAUUAUCUAUCAAUUAGGCAGAGUGUAAGAAGAAUCUAGACUAUAAGCGUGUUGAUUGUAGAUCUAAUAAUUUUGUUGCUAUCGAAUAAUUCGUGACUGCUUGU